AUGAAAAUUGUUUCUUUUAAUUUAAAUAAUAAAAAACCACUUAAAAUUACUACAGUUCAUAGUCAAUACAUUCUUCGGACAAUUUCAUAUUCAGGUGAUGAUAGUAUUGUUGUAUUUAUUGUUCCAGAAGGUAAAAAGCCAAUGAGAAUUUGUCGUAUGAAUGGAAGUGGAAGUAGUGAGUAUUUACUUCCAAUUGAUAAGAAUGUAUCAUUUAUGCUUAAAGGAAAAGGAACAGUAACAUUAACCUUUACUGAACAUCUACUUGUUAGUAAUGAUGAUACUGUAAGUUAUAUGUGUGAUGUAAUAACAGAAAGUGAUCGUGAAAAAAUGCUUUAA